AUGCUAGCUCAAGAAACAAUGGCACCCCUCUUUCUGUCGCAGCCUAGCCAGCAUAACUUUUAUGCACCAUUUAUGAAUCAGUUUGGUAUGUUGGUUCAGUACUCUUUUGGGAACACUUUAUUUAAAAUGUCAUUUGAUUUUUUGAUACUGUAACUUAUAGUACUGUUUUAGCUUGUCCUAGUACUGUUUUGUCAGUUGGUCUUAUCUUUAACUUUCUCAUUGUCAUCUUUAAUCUUACCCACCUCACCUACCUAUAGUCAGAUGUUGCUACUUGUUCUCUGAUUACUUGUAACUCUGCUCUCGCUCUCUCGCCCUCUCUCCGCCUCUCGUGGUCUGUGAUACGGCUCCAAACAACGUCCUUGAUGUUUGCUCAGAUGCACAACAUAUAAACAUGUUUAUUUAUUGGAGCAAUGUGAUUUAGUUAUUGGCGAGAAUUAGUGCAUCAUGCUCUGUUUACUGUUUUUUUUUGUACAGUUAGUACUUUUAGUUCACUUUACAACAAGCUUUUUGAAAAAUUUGUGGUUUGAGCUACUUUUUGCAACAAAAGCAACUUUUCUUGGCUUUUUUGAUAGUGUUGAAAGCUUGUUUUUGUACAGUAAGGUUGAAAAAAGUUGUAAUAGGGCAGUAGAAUCAAGUUAUCAAUAAUAUAGCUGAGCAGUGUUUAAUCUGUAUACCUACUACAAUGUAAGGCUGUCUUUACCUUGCUUGUUCCAAAAAUAAAAACUGUUUUUUGUUUACUUUCUCGUGAUUUGCGAUUUCGAAAUCCAGUUUUGCUUUUGUUUUUCAAACUCUUUUCGACUCAAUUUUUUUAAAGAUUUGGUACUGUUCUCGUUUUUGGUACAGAUUUUUAAAUUUUAAACUAAAAGUGGCCUCUGAUUGGUAUUCGAAUACUUUGUCGUUAAUCUCGUGACCUCACAUGACUCACCCCAACUAUAAAACGUCAUCUUUUGUCUUGUUUUAGUCUACGUACACUCGACUCAACCAGUUUUCUUUUUCAUUUUACAAGCAUUUUUCAAAUUUCGAAAUUUUUUUUGAAAUAUUCUGUAGAAUUCUUACUGUAUUUUGAAAUUUGACACUUUUCAUCAUGUAGAAGUCAGAUCUUACCGCACUUUUAACUCGAAGUUUGCCGUACUUUAAUUUACUGUAGUAUCUUACUGUAGCUUAUGGCAUUUUCUAAAUAUUGAUAUAUUAAUGGUACACAACUAACUUUGCCCAAUUUCAGACGAAAGAUUUACCUCAAGUGCUGCAUCCACCUCGAACUCGUGUUUGAACGGCGUUACAGUACCCCAGAAUCAGCCCAGCACCAGUCGUAUGUCAGCUCAAAUCCCUCAGGCUCAACCGCAGCCUGCGUACGGUGCUAGUCUUCGUCAGCCGGCCAUGCCCUCGGGCACCGCCUCACUUAUCGCUUCAGCCUCCCCGUCGCCACAACAGUUGAACAACACCGCCGGCAUGUACAAUAUGCCCAUCAAACAGGAGCCCGGCUUCGAAAAUAUGGUAGGUCUUGACUUGAUGACAUUUUUAAUUGUAACUGUUUCUAUUAUAAGGGAGUGUGGGUUUAAAAAUGGCAGGUAAUAGCAAGGUAUAGUUUUAUCGGGAUUAUUGUAAACAGAGUUUGGUAGAUAGAGCUGGCUUUAGGUUUUGGCCAAAGUUUAAUUAACGUAGAGUGAUGUCAGUGCAGAGAAAUGUCGAGUUUUAAUUUUAGUAAGAGCUGAUAGCUUUAGGGGACGGUAAAGCGGAUUACAUUACUGUUUAAACCUUUGCUUUUUAAGACAGUUUUAUGGUUGUGGGGGUUAAAACCAAAAUAUUUACAUUGUUUUAGUUGGAUCAGAUGACAUUUAAUAAAAAGUCUAGGAAAGUUAAGUCAGUGUUAUCAUAAGGGGCAAUGUUUUUUACUUUUUUUCUAAUUUCUAUAGUUUAGAUAUAUUUUUUGUUUGUAAACUAAUUUUUAUACUAAUCAUCGCUCCUUUUCAGUAUGACGCAUCAGACAACGAAAGCCACUACAGUUCCGGCACCAACCCCGGCUCCGGUCUCGGCAUGAACAAGCCUCGAAAGUACCGUAUCAAGCCCGAGUGCGAGCGAGUGAAGCCCGAGUACAAGAUCAAGCGUGCCAAAAACAACGACGCCGUCCGUCGCUCCCGCGACAAGGCCAAGCGCAUGCAACAGGAGAAGGAGAGCCGCCUCGACUUCCUCGAGCGACAACACACCGACAGCACCAAACUAGUCGCGGCCCUUCAGAAGCGCGUCAACGAGCUAGAGCGAGAGUUAUUGCGUGUGUGCAACCAGUGCUCGUGCGUCUCAUCGAUGAACUCGCAGUUCCGCCGACGCUGA